AUGAAUGAGGGGAUUGGUCGCAGAACCAACAGCCAUAGCACAAGCGUUUCACAUGAUCCAAGAUCAAAUUUGAACCAUUUAGUAAUUGACAUGAUUAACCAUUACGAAUUCUAUAGGUCUGUUAAAUCUUCUAGGACUAGUCAAUGGGUGAUUGAAUUGUAUUCUGGUAACAAUAGUUCGGCUUCUUUAUCAACGAUAAAAGCUAUUACGAUUGAGCAAAGUCAGAUAACAAGACUAUUUACACCUGUUCAAGACGUUCAAGGUUAA